AGUAGACAACAUGCAACUUGCUCGUGCUGCCUCAGCCUCCGCCCUUUCGUCCGGCGUUCUGAUUCCGCUAUAUAUCGAUCCAGUUGGAGGACCGGACUGCUCAGGAUGGGCUUCUCUUCUCAGCACCAUAACAGCUCACCCUGCUGUGCCCUACUACGCCGUCAUUAACCCAAACAGCGGGCCAGGCGACGCCAACACACAACCGGGGCUCGAGUACCAGCAGUGCAUCCCCAUCCUGAAGUCAGCGUCCAGCAGCGUCACCGUGCUCGGGUACGUCCACACGUCUUACGCCGACCCCUCCCAGACGGCACGCGUCCUCCAGGACGUGCACACGUACGCCGAAUGGAACUCGCCAUACGGAGUCCAGGGUAUUUUCUUCGACGAGGUCUCAGGAGCGACGGCAGACUUCGCCACGUACCAGAACUAUACAGGUGAGGCGCAGAAGUCGUUCGACUUCAUCGCUCUGAACCCCGGGGCGGCUCCUGAGGACACCGACUACUACAGCCUAGCGGACAUCCUGCUGACAGCGGAGGACUUCUAUGCCGAUUUCAGCCCGAAUCAGCUUUCUCUUGGCCCGAGCACGCCCGCAUCCAAACAGGCGAUAGUCCUGACAGACGGGCCGUCCACCCCUCCGGCGGACCUGGUCUCACAGCUGAUCACGACGGACAAGGUCGGCGCGUUCUGGGUGACCGACGAUACUCAAGCAAACGGCGCGAACCCUUACGACACUCUGCCCGCCGACAUCGAGUCGUUCGUUGCCGAUGUGGAGGCGGCGCAGUCUUGAAUGCGUCAAAGAAAAGAUGCUCCAUAUCCGUAGUGCGCUGGCGCACGCUCAUCGAGGUCCUAGGGACGAGAUCGUGACCAUUAGGCUAUGUAUUUGCAUGCGUCUCCUGUGUAGAUGGAAAGCUGUUUCUACAACCGUUCACCCACCUC